AUGCGGAAAGAACUGGAGCAGCAGCGGCGGCGGCUGCAGCAAAGAGAAGAAGCUUGUCGGAGAUUAGAAGAAGAGUUUAAGUUGAGAGCAGCAGAAAACACAAAACACAAGUUGAAGAUUGCUGCUCUUGAAAAAGAAGUCCAGAGAGUGACGGAGGAGAACCAGGAAAUCCUCAUGCAGCGCGAGGAGGGCAGGCUCAUUGUGCAGCGCGAGUUCCUCGAACGCAAGGGGCGCUACGUUUCGAGGCUGCAAGACUUGCGGCCUUUUCUUGGCAGUUACUUCGAAGACGUUUUGCGGGGCCUCACCAACUGCAGAACCAUUGGGCAGCUGAGGUGA